AUGCAGAAAAAUGUACCAUUCAUAUGGGAUGAGGCAUGCCAAAAUGCUUUUGAAAGUAUCAAGCGAUACUUGUUACACCCAUUAGUGUUGAGAGCUCUAAUUUUGGGAAAGCCGUUGAUAUUGUAUAUCACAACAGUAGAUCACUCUUUAGGAGCAUUGCUGGCACAAAACAACGAGGGUGGAAAGGAAGUCGCCCUUUACUAUUUAAGUAGAACUUUGGUAGGGGCAGAACAUAAAUAUCCUCUAAUUGAAAAGGUGUGCUUGGCUUUAAUUUUUGCUGUUACAAAAUUACGGCAUUACUUACUCUCACACACUGUGACAUUAGUGUCAAAAGCCGACCCUUUGAGGUACAUUCUAUCAAAACUCGUGUUGUCUGGACAAUUGGCAAAAUGGUCCAUGAUUUUGUUAGAGUUUGAAAUCAACUUUGUCCCGCAAAAAGCAAUAAAAGGACAAGCAUUGGCUGAUUUUCUGGCAACGCACCCGAUUCCAGACAAUAUGGAGUUGCGGGAGGACCUUCCAGACGAGGAAGUUUUCACAAUUGAAACACCAUCUUGGCAACUUUACUUUGAUGGGGCAGCAAAGAAGUGUGGGGCAGGUCCUGGCAUUGUCUUUGUGACACCUUCUGGAGGACUAAUACCUUACUCUUUUCACAUUCUGGCUAUAUGUACCAAUAAUGUAGCAGAAUAUGAAGCGUUAAUAAUCGGUCUCGAAAUUGCACUCGAAAUGCAAAUACAAUCACUGGAGGUAUAUGGCGAUUCUCUUCUGAUUAUCAAACAAAUUAAUGGUGAAUUUGCAGUCAAGCAUGAGACUUUAAUUCCUCAUCAUGAGAAGGCUAAGCAUUUGAUUGCUCAAUUCCAAAAUAUCACGUUAAAUCAUGUCCCUAGGUCAAAAAAUGGCAAAGCUGAUGCUUUAGUUAAAUUAGCUGCAUCACUAAUGCUUCUUGGUGAAAGGGAUAUUCAAAUUACAAUAGGAGAACGCCAUUUGUUACCCCAAAUCAUAGAUAAAAAAGAAGGAAUAAGUACCAUAAAUUUGGUAACUUUCCUUGAAAAUACAAACGACAAUGACUGGUGCCAACCAAUUAUUAACUAUAUCCAAAAAGGAGUCUUGUCAGAAGACUUGAAAAGAAGAAUGGAUGUAAAAAGAAGAGCUCUUCGGUUUGUUUUCCUCAAUGACACAUUUUAUAGGCGUUCUUUUGAUGGGAUGUUGCUAAGAUGUCUUUCAAAAGAGGCGUCACAUGUGCUUCAAGAAACUCAUGUUGGUACAUGUGGUGCGCACCAAGCCGACCCCAAAUUGUCAGCUCAAUUAAAACGGUUGGGUUACUAUUGGUCUACUAUAGUCCAAGAGGCGAUUAAUUUCGCUAAAUGUUGCAAGUUGUGUCAACUACAUGGAGAUUUUAUCCAUCAACCCCCUCAACCGCUUCAUCCUUCAAUAUUGUCAUGGCCUUUUGAAACAUGGGGAAUGGAUGUCAUUGGUCCUGUCACGCCACCAUCUUCCAAAAUUCAUAAAUAUAUCCUGGCCGUUACAGAUUACUUCUCCAAGUGGGCUGAAGCUGUACCCUUAAAAGAAGUACGUGUAGAAGAUGUCGCCAAAUUCAUAAGAACUCACAUAAUUUAUCGUUAUGGGAUCAAAAAUAAUAUCAGACAAUGCUCUUUACUUCAAAUGUAA